AUGCCACCGACGGAGCCUCCAGUUGGUGCUCUCGUCGAGGUCCCUGCUGGUCGCGGCUAUGUCAAGUUUUCUGGGACAACCUCGUUCUCUCCUGGAAAGUGGGUUGGCAUCGAAUUGGCUGAACCGAAUGGUAAAAACGAUGGCACCGUUCAGGGUAUCAGGUACUUUGCUUGCAAACCGAAUUACGGUGUUUUCGUUAGACCCAGUCAAGUAAAGACGCUCGCUCUUGAACCAGAGCCCGCACCACCACUACCAGCACCCGUCGCCUCCGUAGCUCGUACCGUCCUCAGUCAUCAAAGAUCGGGGAGCAUUGGCGCGGCUCGCGUCCCAUCUGUGCGUGUUCCGCCCUCUCCCCGUGCUGGCAGUCCAGCGAGGGCUUCCAAUAGUAUCGUCACGUCUCCCACUGCUUCCCGCUCAUCGCGACUUGGCUCUCCUACUAAGCGCACGCCACUGCAAUCUCGAACUCCACUUCCCCGCAAGUCUUCUUUUGGCUCUGAUGUCGCUCCGAGUCCGACUGUUUCGCGCCAACGCAGUUUCGACACAGGACCCCACGAUGCUCUUCCCAAAUCGCUGGCCAAGCCGUACUCCAUGACGCCCGCGUCGACUGCAGGUUCUCCUCACGUGUCGCCUCAACCAUCGGGUCUUCGACAGGUGACCUCCCCAGAGCCAGAGCCCUCUCGGUCUCCAAUAGUAUCCAAGGAACCACCGCGACUUGCUGCCCCGGUUGUACCCCCGGUUGUCCAGGAUGACCAAGAGCUUCAAGAGUUGCGCGCAAAGAUCCGUGUACUGGAAGCCAAGCGCGCAGAUGACGCGCGACACGUCCGUGAGCUCGAGACGCGGCUGUCGGAAGCGGAGUCGUUCGUCGCCCUCCGUCCGAAGCUGCAAGCGAAGCUGAGCUCGCAGCAGACGGAGCUGAUCGCGACGCGUCGCGAGCUCGCAGACGCCCAGCAACUAGCCCAGCUCUCUGAGGGCCGCAUCGUCGACGCGCAGGAGCAAUUAGAGAUGGCCAUGUUGGACAAGGAAAUGGCAGAAGAGCGCGCAGAGGUCGCGGAGGCAGACCUGGAAGAACUUCGCGAGAAACUUGCAACAGUAGAAGUGGAGUUACAGGUGCUGAAGGAGGGCGGUGGAGGCGAGGAUGAUGGUGAGAACAUGGUGAAGCAGUCGUUGGCGUAUGUCCAACUGGAGAAACAGAACGAACGGCUCAAGGAGGCUCUUAUCCGGCUUCGUGACAUUUCCCAAGAGACCGACCACGAACAGCGCAGACGCAUCGCCGAGAUGGAGAAAGACGUGACCAGUCUCGACGACAUCCAGACUCAGUACGAGUCAACCUUGAUCAAGCUUGCAAACGCGGAAGUACAGAUCGAAGACCUCAAAGUGCAGCUCGACGACGCCUUGGGAGCGGAAGAUUUGCUCGUCCAGCUGACCGAACGCAAUCUCAUGCUUGGCGAGAAAAUCGAGGAAAUGCGCAUCACUAUUGAAGAUCUGGAAGCUCUCAAGGAACUCAACGAUGAACUUGAAGAGAACCAUGUUGAGACUGAGAAAGCAAUGCAAGAGGACCUUGAUGCCAGGGACAUCCAGAUCCGCGAGCGAACGCGCAAGAUAGAGUCUCUGGAAGAGUCGUGCCAGGACCUAGAAGGCACAAUCGUCCAGUUCCGAGACCUCGUCAUGCAAUUACAGAGUGAACUCGACGCGCUGCGCACAGAGACCCAAACUGCGCAACACGAAUCAGCCACUGCUGCUUCCCAAACUGCUGCCAUGAUGUCGUUGAACCUCAAGCUGCAAUCUUCGGCGUCCAAGAACCAAGCGCGCAACAUCGAUCUAGAGGUCAAACGGAUUGAAGCACGGGAGGCCAAGGAGCUCCUGAACAUUGUCCAGCCUUAUCUGCCUCAACUCUACGUGGAGUCUGACAUGGAUCCUACGAACUGCUACAUGUUCUUCCAGCGGCUGGCGCUGAAAGUUGAGUUGAUCAAUAACGUCGUUGCUCAGACGCACAACUUGCCAGAAUCUCUGAACGGUCCGGUAUCCGAUCUGUUGGUUGGGGUGUGCGAGAUGAGAGGUCGCCUGGCCCACCUAUCCACAACAUGCAAACGCUUUGCUGCGAUCCUGCGCAAGUGCGAUGCUGAGUCGUUCCUCAACAUUGGCCGCAUCUAUCCAGAGAUUGCACCCAUGGAGAAGCGUAUUGACAUGCACGUUGAUUUGCUCCGCAGGGAUGAGUUCCGUGAAGUCGAAUGUGUCAGCGAUGCUGCGAAGAUGCAGUCGCAGUUCGAUCAUCUGGCAGAAACGUACUUCAAAGGGUUCGACUUUGAUCUGGGCGAACGCGAGCUGGGACACGUGCUCUCGUUUGACAACGACCUGGAUAUGUUCGCCGCGUCCAUUGGGCUCAUCAAGACUUCCGUUGCUGCUCUUAUGAAGGACGAAGAUGCCCAAUUGGAUAUGGGAGGGCUCAAUUCCGAUUCUGAUUUCUUUGAACCGUUGCAGCGGCUAUUGGAUCAAUGUCGAAGUGCGAAAUUGCUGUCCAGGAAGCUCACGAAGCGGCUGGAGGAUCUGACGCAAGACUCUUCAGCCCUGAAGUCUCAACUUGUCCCCCAACUCCAAGCCUUCGGCAACACAGUUCCCGAGCUCGUCAAUUUCGGUAUCUCGCUGGCCCAACAAGUCAUGCCCCAUCUCACCGAUGUGCGCGGUGCCAAGGCAGCGUUCCAGCUUCCUACUGUUCUCUCGUUCGUUAAGCAGACGGCUGCGUCAACUGUUGGAAAGCAGAGGCAGGACGAAGUGACGUCAUGGGAGUCUGUCGGCGACUUCUUGUCUCAGGUUAUUCAAGAAGCGAGCCGACUACUGCCACUAACCAUGGAGGCCGAGAAUACCGUAAAGAUUUCCGGCACGGCACCUUGGAUCGUCCGCAUUGACGAGGUCAAAGCCGCAACUGCUAUCAACCUCGAAGCCGAGCGUAAGGUCGCGCAGCUCAACGACGAGAUGCAGGCGCUCGUGCGGACCCUGAAAACCAAAGAUCAGAGCAUUCAGGAGUCGACAGUAAAGAUCGAGCUGAUGGAGCGCCGCAUGGAGACAGUCAAGAAGCAGGCGGAUGCCAUCACCGACCUGGAGGUCGAGCUGGCGAAGGCGCGCAAACAGGAGCAUGCAUACGAGGAGGCGAUGGAACAGCUGCAAGCCGAUCUAGAUUCUCUCGAGCAGGAUAAUGCCAAGCUCAAGACCGUGGCUAACAACCCUGAGCGGCAACCUUCAGGAGCUCAAGUUCCCGAACCUGAAAGUGUUCCUGUUGAGGGUAGUCUUGAGACGUCGUACCUCUUGGAACAGAUUGAUGCUCUCCGGGGCACUGUCCGCUUCCUGCACACCGAGAACUCGUAUCUCAAAGGCCAGGAUCUGCUCAACGAAAUCGAAUCAUUGCCACCUCUGCACGUGUCAACCAGCCGAGAGCCUACACCUCCUCUUGUUCCCUCAGGUCCAUCCGACUCAGAAGACUCAGACUCAGACGAGCCACCCUCGCCACCUACGUUGCGCACGCUCGCCGUGGAGUCGAAGCUUCUUUACCGCGAUGUCAUUAAGUACGCGUCCUCUCCCCGGAUUGUGGACCUCUCAGUGUUGAGGGCGAAGCGAGCAGAGGGUGGUGACAAGGGUGUGAAGCCCUGGAUGCCAAAAAAGAAGACACCCGCAUUUCAGGUAUGGGAACGCAAGAUGGAGGGAGAGCGUCUUGGAAGAAGGGUGCAAGGUCUGAUGGAGCGGACGAAUGCUUUCGCUGAUAAUUCAUUAUUGCUAUGUCCUGAUGUCACUUACAUGUAUAUGUUCCUAUUGUACUACGCCCAUAACGCCACUGUGGCGGCUCAUCAUGAUCCUGCGCGCAGCCGCCGCCUCAUCGUGUAUUUCCAUCUCUCCCAUCUCCCCUCGCUUCAAUACGAUUGCCCACAUCUCCUGAAAUACAUGGAUAGUUUCAUUGGUCUCGCCAAGGAAGGCUUCGCCGCCUACCAGCACUCGCAGAGUUCUGGCCAACAACAAGAACAAGGUCAAAGUCAGAGCACUCCCCACCAUGCAGGUGGGGGCAAUCAGCCCUCGCUUGACCAUCCAGCAGAAUAUGGUGGACAGGACCAAGGCUAUCAAGGCCAAGGUGGACAGCAAGAGUAUGGCCGCCAACAAGAGUAUGGUGGACAGGACCAAGGCUAUCAAGGCCAGGGUGGACAGCAAGGAUAUGGCCGCCAACAAGAGUAUGGUGGACAGGACCAAGGCUAUCAAGGCCAGGGUGGACAGCAGAGACACGGCCACCAGCAAGAAUAUGGUGGGCAAGACCAAGGCUAUCAAGGCCAAGGUGGACAGCAGAGACACGGCCACCAGCAAGAGUAUGGCGCCCAGCAAGGCUAUGAUCAGGAUCAGCCGCAGCAUUCUCGUCCCCAAGGUGUUUACGAACGUCCCCAAUCUGACUAUUCUAGGACUGGGGGACAGGAGUGGAACUCGCCCGACAAUAAUCGUUCUGGAGGGGGCUCAGCGCAGGAGUACUACAACCGCCCACAGUUUAACGCAUCCCAAGUGGCGAGCAACACUGCCAAUCAGUAUGGGAGCAACGGGGACAAUCAGAUGUAUUCGAACGCGAUCAAUCACGUCCAGAACCACCCGGGAGAACAUGAGCAAACCGUGAACGAACAGCAUGUCCAGGACGCGCACAGGGUUGCGUACAGUGAGGGCAAUGCUAGCAACCUCAGCGCUGGUUCUAUGGGUAGUGCAGCUGCCAUGCAGGCCUUGAAAAAGUUCACCGGUGGCAGUUCUGGCGGCAGCGGGUCUUCCUCUGAUCUUAUCAGCCUAGCCAUGUCGGAGGCUUCGAAGCUCUUUGACCAGUCCGGCGGUGCAGCCUCCGGAGGCAAGCAGGAUGCUAUCACUGGGGCGGCUACGACCGCCAUGAAGCUUCUUGUUCAGUCCAAGAUGAGCGGUGCUGUCGGCGGCGGCAACAGCGGGGGCUUGGGCGGCUUGAUGGGAUUAGCUUCUAAGUUCUUAUGA